GACAGUCAGAGACAGAGAGCAAGCUCUGCCGCACCCUUUCUCUACCGCGCACAGGUGAACUGGGGCCAAACGACCAAAGUCACUCGAAAGUCACAUUUGGAUUGUAAUUUUUGGUCAAAUGUAUGGAUUAAACAAAGACUAAACUCGUGUCUGGAGACGGAUAUGAAGGGAUAGGCGCUAAAGCAAGACUAAGACCAAAGAGAAGGGACAACGUCUCAGCCCACACACGAUUGGAGGAGAUAGACGUCAAUCAAACUGGACGCCGUCCAUUCCCUCCCACCCCUCAUGGCGAGACCACCCCCAACCCACCAAUAGGGCGAGUCCCAUCCACACGAACCCCCGCCACCACUCAUCCGUCCGGACAAUCCAAUUGGUCCUCCUCACUCCACUAAACUUCUGCCCACUCUACGCUCCACCCCAUCCACCCCCUCUGAUUGGUCAAGAUGGACAAGUUGACAGACGAUGUCCCCGGGUGCUACUACAACCGUACAGUGCAGUUCUUCUACGAACAUAGUGGAAAGAACAUCAGCGCCCACUGGCGUCCUCGGGACUACGUGGUGGUGAGCCUGGGCAUGGGUGUGUCUGUCAUCGUCAUCCUGGCCAACAUCCUGGUCAUGGUGGCCAUCUUCAUCAACCGACGAUUCCACUUCCCUAUCUACUAUCUGCUAGGCAACCUGGCGGCAGCAGACCUGUUCUCAGGUAUCGCCUACCUGCACCUGAUGUUCCACACUGGGCCCUGGACCAUCAAGCUGUCCAAGAACCAGUGGUUUGUCCGCCAGACCCUGAUCGACUCCAGUCUGACAGCAUCGGUGUUGAACCUCCUGGCCAUCGCCUUGGAGCGUCACCAGACCAUCUUCACCAUGCAGCUCCACAGUAAGAUGACCAACCGCCGCGUGGUGCUGCUCAUCGCCCUUAUCUGGGGCCUAGCCAUCUUCAUGGGCCUGGUUCCCACCAUGGGCUGGCACUGUCUGUGUGACCUGGAAAACUGCUCCACCAUGGCCCCCAUGUACAAACGCUCCUACCUGGUGUUCUGGGCUGUGCUCAACCUGUUCACCUUCUCUCUCAUGGUAGCUGCCUACACCAGGAUCUUUGUGUACGUCAGACACAAGAGCCAGAGGAUGUCUCAGCACACCAGCCAGAUACGACACAAGGAGACUGUGUUCAACCUGAUGAAGACUGUUUCUAUGAUCCUGGGUUGUUUUGUGAUCUGCUGGACCCCGGGCCUGGUGUUGUUGAUGUUGGAUGGUCUGGGCUGUGAAUCUUGCCAGGUGCUGCGUUAUGAGAAGUACUGUCUGGUCCUGGCUGAGUGUAACUCCCUGGUCAACCCCAUCAUCUACAGCUUCAGAGACACGGACAUGUUACAGACCUUCAAGCGGAUCCUCUGCUGCCUGUGUCGCCGCGGCGACGCCGGCCGCAAAGACACGCUGUCCGGCAUGCGCUGCAACACCCUGGAGCAAGAGGUACUCUCCGAGAGCAACGGCAACAAUCACCACGACAACCACAACGACGACAACAAUCAUAUAAGUCCCCACGGCGACCACUCGGACACAGACGAUUAGACGAGGACAGUAGACACAUAUAGGUGACGUACGAUGACAACGUUACAAGCAGCUACACCGUAACAAUGUCAACACUGACAGGGUGCUAUAGUAACUUUCAUCACCAUGCCCAGACAACUAGCUAACAGUUCUGUGACAACAAUGUAGCUACACUGUCACAAUGACAUAAACUACACCGUAACAACAACGUUAUGGCCUCCAAACUAUACCAUAGCAACCACCAUGCACUGACACACCUUAACAACAUCAACCACUAUAACCACUACAACUUUACAAAACAUAAAAAAAUAACUACACUGGAUAAAAGACCACUUAAGUGACUACUACCAAGUAACACAAUACCAUGGCAACACCUACGUCAAUGUAACACAAUACCACGACAACACCUACAAUAACAACAACAUAACAGAAUACCAUGACAACACUUACAACAAGUACAACGUAACACAAUACCACGACAACACCUACAAUAACGACAAUAUAACAAAAUACCACGACAACACUUACAACAAGUACAACGUAACACAAUACCACGACAACACCUACAAUAACGACAACGUUACACAAUACCACUAAAACACCUACAACAACAGAAUUACAGUGGAACGUGUACCACAACAAUGUCACAAAAUAGCCCUACAACAACCAGGCCUCUACGACAACCACCUCCUGAUUCAGAGAGGGUUAAAUGUGGAAGACACAUUUCAGUAGGAGGCAUUCGGUUGUACAACUGACGAGGUAUCUUCCUUUACAAGCAGACAGAGAAUAUGCCCUAUAUGAGUGUUUGUAGCAACGUUGUUAUAAUACUGUAUGUGACGCUGUAACAUAGCAACCCUAUCAGUCUGUGUUCUCAUCAAUAUAGAACCAUAUGAAUAGUUAAUCAUGCAGAUAUUAUUGUUUGGAAACUAAUGGUAGCUGUACUGCCUGGAGAAGUGACUGCGUGUUAUUAGAAACCGGAGCCUACGUGCUGUUUGUAAAAAAAGACCUGAUCAAACAUAAUGUUGAGAGUGAUGGGGCUGAUUUCUCCUCUGUUAACAUGGUGCCGUGCAGCUUCUAACGCAGACGUCUCAAUCUGUGUGUCUAGAGAGAAAGAGACGUUCUACAACGCCAAGACUUGAAUGAGUCCGGUUGAGUAAGACCAGCCCCCCGCGGUGAAUGUUUUGGUCUUCAGCUGGGUCCAUACUGGACUCUGGUAAUGCAACUGUUUUCCAUACAGACUGUCUAUAUAGUGACAAUGUCUCUAUAACGUUGUUGGAACGUUGUAGGAAGGCUGUCUGCCACCCCUGGACAGCCUGGUGGGAUGUGAACCAGAUGUUAAAGUGUUCAAACGGGUCUGACUAGUUGUCAUAUUUCCUGUGACCUGUAGAUGUAGCUGUGGCUGUAACACACACACAAACACCAC